GUCAUUGACGUUUGUAACUUACUGCUGUAUCACUGCGUUCUUAUUCGCUCUCACACAAAGGAAAUUCUUCUCAUUUUUCUUUAUUUUGAAAAUUGAAAAACAACAAAAAUGAGUAUGGAAAUUGUGUUAAAUUAUCGUUUAUUAAUUCAAGCAUCAACGCCAAUUAAAAUAAGUGAUGUGAAUUUAAAAAAUAAAGUCGAAGAACUGAGAAAUGAGGCAGCAGGGAAAACUAACCUCAAAAAGGAUACAUUCGAAUUAAUUUAUUGCGGUUGCAUUUUGGAGGAUGAUACUACUCUCGAGUCGUGUGGGUUAAAAAAUGGUGCAAUGAUUCAUGUGCUGAGGAAGAAAAUUCCAGAAGAACCAGUUCUUGUUAAACCUUUUUCCGACAAUAAUAUUUCUCAACUUGCAAGUGCAUUUCGAUCAUUCAAUGAAAAUCCAGCUCUUAGAAGUGCUCUACACCGUCUAAGCAAAAGGCCUGAAGUGAUACAAAAUAUUAUAUCAUCGUCUCCGGGUCUUGGAGAGGACACUGUCGCAAUUGCAAUGCUACAGGAUCCUGAUUUAAUGGCUCAUUUCACAGAUCCUGCAACUGUGAAAAGAAUUGCCGAACUACAUCCACUGCUUGUCGAAGCAGCACAACACAUUUCAACCGCCGUUCACGAGGAAGCACACAAUGCAGCAACAAAUUCAGAUCCUUCCAAUUCAAAUGCCUCAACAACAGCCUAUUCCUACAGUUUGGAUAAUAUGAGUGACGACGAGGAAAUGGCCGGCGAUUCAUCGCAAUCGUCAGAUUCAACACAACCCUCACUAUUAAAUAGAUUUCCAUCGAAUUCGGCUGUGACCACUGCUCAAUUGGCCGCAGCACUAUCGAGAACUGGCGCUCGAGGAUUUCCCUACACUGGCACACUAUCAUCAUCAUCGUCCUCAUCAUCUUCCCGAGCGAAUAGAAAUUCAGGUGUCAUCACAACCGAAAUGUUCUCACAGGCAAUGCAACAAGCAUUCGCAUUCACUCCAAUUCAAUCAUCGAAUAAUGCCUCGACACCAUCGACGCCAACAUCAACAACAACAACAACAACACAAUCAGUCGACAUUCAAAGACAAUUAGCGCAAAUGCACGAAAUUGGACUUUUAGACGAUUCAGUUAAUCUUCAGGCGCUUCAAAUCACCAAUGGCGAUGUGCAAGCGGCCAUUGAAUUAGUUUUCAGUGGAUUCAGUGAUAAUUAAAUUAACAUUUCAUCAUUCGAAUUACAGUUUUCCCAUUUGGAGAAUUUUAAUUUCAAUGAUUCAAAAAAAAAAAAAUCAUUUACUUAGUAAUCUUUUAAGUUAGACUUUAAAUCGUGUAAAUGGUCUCUUUCUUUUUUGGGAAACAAUUCGAGUUCAGUCUUCUUUGUAAAUUUCAAACUUCACUUAUCUUUCGUUUUCAUAUUUUACUUUCCUGUCUAUUUAUUUUCUUACUUUUCUGUCGUUUUUUCUUGUUUCUUUCUUUUCUUUCCUUACUUUUCUUUACUUUUCGUUCUAAAUGAAAAUAAUUUCCUGUCGUUUAUUUAUUCUCUUACUUUUCUCUCAUUUCUUUUCUUACUUUUCGUUCUAAAUGAAAAUCAUUUUUUCCAUUUCCUCGAAAAUCAAAACACUUUCGCAAAACUCGAAUUUAGGAUUUUUAUUUAAAAACAAAGAAGAGACUUGCACUAUAGGCCUUAAAUUAUUGAAUGUGUGAAAGUUUUUCAUAUUUUGUUUAACAUUUUCUUUCCACCAAAAAUCUAAAAUUUGAUUAUUUCGAUUGUCAACCAUUUUUUUUUUCAAAUUCUAAUUGUUACGCUAAAAAUUAUAUUACGUACCAACAAAGAACUUGCAACUUCACUUUACUAAAAAAGUAAAUGCCAGAAAAACAAAAAUUCCAUUUUGAAUUUAUCGAAUUUUUAAAUUACAAAUUACAAAACUUCAAAAUUAAAAUUAAUAAUAAUAUUAAUAAUGUUUUAU